AUACAUUUGACGUUUGCCAAUCAGCGAGCUGUCAUUUUCUGACUGUCAACACCAACAGUUUUUAUCGCAUAAAAAUUAACAAUAAAAAUAUAAAUAAGGUGUUCUAUUAUUACUAACUACCUAGAUGUUAUGUGGAAGAGCAACAAUCCAGUUUUAAUUUAUUUCGACUGACAUAGUAGAGUAUUUCAUUACUUCGUUACGUCAAAACUGCAAUCAUAUACUGAAGUGUGAUAACAUUAUUAAUGGAUUUGUAGUACUUUAAUCGCUGUUAAUUGAUGAGCUCAUUUGAGAUGAAUAGGACAAAGUGUCAUAGUGGCAAAACGGUAAAAUCUCCCGAGUGUAACACUGAAACUGACAUGAGUGCGGAUGUGUAUCGGCUUCUUACAAAUGAAGAUAAGCCGCCUGAUAUCAGACAAAGAAAAGAAAACUCAUGGGUAGCCGGUGUACAGAUGUUUAUUUCAUUUUUACUAGCUGGAUUUGGAAUGGUCGCAGCGAGUUUGCUACUGGACGUUGUGCAGCAUUGGAAGGUUUUUGAACAAGUAUCAGAAGUGUAUAUUUUAGUGCCAGCAUUGCUAGGCUUAAAAGGGAAUUUAGAAAUGACUUUAGCGUCGCGGCUUUCCACCCAUGCUCACCUAGGCCACCUAGAAACAAGUUUAAAAUCAUUAGUUAUAGGUAACCUGUGUCUAAUACAAUGCCAGGCAAUUCUAGUUGGAUUCUUAGCAGCGAUGGCAGCUGUGGCUAUGGGCUGGAUACCCAAAGGACAGUUUGAUAUUCAUCAUGCAAUGUUGCUCUGUGCUUCCAGUGUACUUACAGCUUCAUUCGCUAGUUUUGUUCUUGGCUUAAUAAUGAUAGGUGUUAUUGUUGGUUCUAAAAAGUUAAAUAUAAAUCCUGAUAAUAUAGCUACACCUAUAGCAGCUAGUCUUGGAGACUUGACAACAUUGGCACUACUGUCUUGGAUUGCAUCGCUAUUAUAUAGAUCAAUUGGCACAAGUGUAGUACUACCAUCUAUAAUUAUCAUUGCAGGUGCAAUACUUGUGCCGUUGUGUGGCUAUAUAGCAUGGAAAAAUAAUUUCACUAAACAGGCAUUGGAUGAAGGGUGGGUGCCAGUUGUUUCAGCAAUGGUCAUAAGUAGUGCAGGAGGUCUAAUAUUAGACUACACGGUGUCCAAUUAUAAAGGAAUAGCUGUAUUUCAAUUAGUCAUAAAUGGCAUAGGAGGUAAUAUGGCCGCUGUUCAUGCUUCAAGAUUAUCAACUUUAUUACAUACUGGUCAAAAAGAAGGUGCUGUAAUAGGUAAUACAACUAAAUUGUUAUUGCUAAUGGUGAUACCCGGCCAAUUAAUAUUUAUUUAUACAAUAGGUUAUUUAAAAGCAGGUCAUACAUCUUUAACACCCAUUUUUAUAUUAAUUUACAUGUCAGCAGCAUUGUUGCAAGUAUUACUUCUUUUAACUAUAAGUCAUUAUUUAGUUAUAUGGAUGUGGAAAUUGGGAUUAGAUCCUGAUAAUUCUGCUAUUCCAUACUUAACAGCAUUAGGUGAUUUACUAGGAACAGCAUUAUUGGGUGCAGCUUUCCACAUUCUGUAUGCCAUUGGAGACAAAGACAGUGAUUUAGGUGACUGACGAAUAUAUACAUUUUUAAAUGUUGAACUACUUAGUCUAUCUUGUACCUAUCAAUGAGUACUUAUAUUUUUUUCAAAAUUUUAUUGUACUUAAUAUUUUAUUAAAAUAUUUAUAAACUUUUACCCUCUUUAUAGUUUCACCUUUCUAAAGGUAUAAUGUAACUAAAUUUAAACAAAAUUCGGAAAUAUUUCAUGUUGGUGCUAAAGAAAUAGUUCCAUAUCACAAGAAUAUAUUUUUCAUACAUAGGUGUUUUUUUACGUAAACGUCCCAUAUAGUAUAGUAAUAGGUAUGAAAUGCAGUAUCAUAACAGGUUUGUUGUAUAAAAGACAUGUGGCGUUCUGUUGUAAUCAGAGAAGAUAUGGUAAUUUAAACGUCAAUUUACUAUCUUUGAUGUUUACAUAUUAUUAAAUUAUUGUUAUUUUUUAUUACAAAAAUUGUAUUUGAUAUUUAAUAUCUAAUGCCAUGAAAAUCUAAUAAAUUAUAAUAGUGUUAUUGUACUUUUAUUUUAAAAGUUUCACAGUUAACUUGAAAUACAUGAUCUUAAUUAA